GGUAUAAGUGUAUGUGAAGUUCCCUGAUUCUGAAGCCUUAUAUCCACAGCCACCCAUUUGAGAGACCUGUACAGACAUCCUUGAAAGGUGUGGUUAGUUGCAUAGGCACAAACUGCUUGUCCAACUUACAAGAGUUCUCCAAAUGCCAAAUCCAAGAUGCCAUUUCCUGAUUCUUUUGAUGAAAUUUGUCUCCAUUAUUUGCUUUUGCCACUAUAUAGUGCCAACAAGAGGUGAAGAUGAAACUAAACCUGUAAAGGUGGAUGUGGGCAUAAUUCUUGAUUUUGAAACAGUUUUGGCAAAAGUAAUGCACACAUGCAUCUUACUAGCACUUGCAGAUUACCAUGCCGCGAGUCGCAGUGCCAUUAGGAUAGUCCCUCACUUCAGGGACUCCAAGAAAGAUGAUGUCGAAGCAGCAUCUGCUGCUAUAUCCUUGCUAAAGGAUGUCAAAGUGCAAGCUAUCUUUGGGCCACAAAUGUCUACACAAACUGAUUUUGUGAUUGAAAUAGCGAAAAGAGCAGAAGUCCCAAUCAUUUCUCCAGCAACAAGUCCUUUACUUACAGUCGAGGAACACCCCUACUUCAUCAGAGCAGCACUUCCUUCUUCCAGCCAGACCAAGGCCAUUGCAGCAAUUGUUAGUAGAUUUGAUUGGAGAGAGGUUGUAGUCAUAUACGAGGAUAGCCCCUAUGGAACUGGAAUAGUUCCACAUUUGACUGAUGCCUUACUAGAAAGCAGCACUUUAGUCUCAUAUAGAAGUGUUAUUUCACCUUCAGCCAAUGAUGAUAUAAUCCUCAGAGAGCUAUACAAGUUGAAUACAAUGCAGACUAGGAUUUUCGUCGUGCACUUGCAACCAUCACUUGCCUCACGCCUUUUCCUCAAGGCAGAAGAAGCCGGAAUGAUGAGCGAUGGAUAUGCAUGGAUCAUCACAGAUGUUCUAACGAGUCUUUUGGAUUCGGUAAAUCGUUCAGUGAUUGAGUCAUCAAUGCAAGGUGUUCUUGGUAUAAAGCCUUAUGUUCCAAGAUCAAAUGAGCUUACCAAUUUCAACAAGAGAUGGAGAAGGAGAUUUCGCCAAGAGUAUCCAGACAUGGACACAGUAGAACUCAAUGUUUACGGGCUAUGGGCGUAUGAUGGCGUCACAGCAUUAGCAAAAGCAGUAGAGAAAGUGGCUGGCACUGCUACCCCAAAAUCCAAAAAAGUAGACACUAGAGACAACUCAACGGACUUAGAUGCACUUGGAACCUCAGAGUUGGGAUCUUUGCUCAUUGACUCUAUGCAAAACAUAACGCUAAAAACUGGACUAAGUGGUGAUUUCCGUAUCAUUAAUGGAGAAUUGCAGCCAUCCCCAUAUCAGAUUGUGAAUAUAAUUGGGAAAGGAGAGAGAAGUAUUGGAUUCUGGACAGAGACGGAUGGAAUUUCCUAUAAACUGAAGAUGAAUGGGAAAACAGCUAAGAGUAAUAAUAAGAAACUAGGGACCAUCUUUUGGCCCGGUGAAUCUAAUAUUGUUCCGAGAGGCUGGGAAAUACCCACAACCGGGAAGAAGUUAAGGAUUGGCGUUCCUGUCAAAGAAGGGCUGGAGCAAUUCAUUAAAGUGGAAACAGAUCCAAAAACAAAAGCAGUAACUGCAACUGGUUUCUGUGCAGAUGUCUUCAUAGAAGUCAUCCAAUCUUUGCCAUAUGCUGUCCCUUAUGAAUUUAUUCCAUUUCGAAUACCAGAUAGUCACACUAAUCCAGACUAUGAUCAUCUUGUUUACAAGAUCUCUUCUAAGGAAUAUGAUGCAGUUGUAGGUGAUGUGACCAUUUCAGAGAACCGAUCCAAGUAUGUGGAUUUCACACUACCUUUUACAGAGUCGGGCAUUUCUGCAGUUGUGCCAGUAAAGGAUGAUGAGAGAAAGAAUGCUUGGAUUUUCUUGAAACCUCUACAGAGAGAACUUUGGAUCACAACUGGAGCAUUCUUCGUCUUCAUUGGUUUUGUGGUUUGGGUACUCGAACACCGUGUAAACGAAGAAUUUCGAGGACCCAAACGCAAGCAAGUUGGGAUGGUAUUCUGGUUUUCCUUCUCGACUCUCGUUUUUGCCCACAAAGAGAGGGUAACAAGCAACUUAACAAGAUUUGUGGUGAUUGUGUGGGUUUUCGUGGUUCUUGUGCUGACAUCAAGUUAUACCGCCAGUUUAACAUCUAUGUUAACGGUGCAACAGCUCCAACCUACUAUAACAGACCUCAAUGAUCUCAUCAAGAAUGGAGAAUAUGUUGGGUACCAAGAAGGUUCCUUUGUCAAAGACAUCUUGAAGCGCAUCAGAUUUGACAGCACCAAGCUUAGAAGUUAUAGCACAUUGGAAGAGUAUAAUGCUGCCCUAUCGAGAGGAAGUAAAAAUGGAGGUGUUGGUGCAAUUGUUGAUGAACUACCUUAUCUCAGACUCUUCCUCAACAAGUACUGCGGGAAGUAUAUUAUGAUCGGCCCAACAUACAAGACAGCCGGCUUUGGAUUCGCAUUUCCAAAAGGAUCUCCAUUGGUACCUGACGUCUCGAGAGGAGUCCUAAAGGUGAUGGAGGGAGAGUUUAUGAAUAACAUAAUACAGAAAUGGUUCGGGAAUGAAACAGAUUGUCCUGAGAAAGAUGGAAUGGUUAUAACAUCUGAUAGACUCAAGCUAGAUAGUUUUAAGGGCCUUUUCCUCAUAGCUGGUGUAUCAGCAGGCUCCGCUCUUCUCACAUUCUUACUCAUCUUUCUUUAUCAGAACAGGGAAAUCUUAGCCACUGAUGAUUCUAUAUGGCAAAAGCUUUCUGCUAUAGCAAAAGCCUUUGAUGAUGAGAAAGAGAAACCUAAUUCUAAGUCAGAAAAGCCGGGCGAAGGCAAUGAAAGCCAAACGACUACACCGUUCGCAGCAAGUGCAGCUUCCCCUGAAAUAUCUCCCAACCUUCCGUCACAAAGCCCAGAAACCAGAACUGCGUCGCCUCCAGAUGAAGGCUUCUCCACAACAGAACCUGGAACUCCACUUGAAGAAACCAUUACAGAGGCAAAGGAAGAGAGAUAAUACAUAUAAAUGCUACUAGAAUUAUGUAACAGCCUAAGAGAGAUCAUAUAGUGAUGAACUAGCUUGAGAAAAACUCAACCAAAUUACACUAUCAUUUUGGCACUCUUGGCUAUAAUAUUUGUAUCGAGAUUUUAGAUGGAUAAGCAAGAAUUAAGAAGAUAUUUUCGCGCUCUUG